AGUGUGCAUAAAUCAAAGCGGGUUCUCAUCGCAGACGGAUUUCUGUUUGGCAUUUAAAUUGUAUUUAUUUACUUUCUUACAUCGAAUUGUGUCACUAAAUUCAAUCGACAAUUUUCAAAGACUUCUUUUAGCAUCAACGAUGGCCGGUUCAGCCCUUCGUCGAUUAAUGGCAGAGUACAAACAGUUGACAUUGAAUCCACCUGAAGGAAUCAUUGCUGGUCCCAUCAACGAAGAAAAUUUCUUCGAGUGGGAAGCCCUUAUUACUGGGCCGGAAGGUACAUGUUUCGAAGGUGGUGUUUUCCCAGCAAAAUUGGUGUUUCCAUCAGACUAUCCUCUCAGUCCACCUAAGAUGCAAUUUACUUGUGAAAUGUUUCAUCCAAACAUUUAUGCUGAUGGGCGAGUAUGUAUAUCAAUUCUUCAUGCUCCUGGAGAUGACCCAAUGGGAUAUGAAUCGAGUGCGGAGCGAUGGAGUCCUGUUCAGAGUGUUGAGAAGAUACUGCUAUCUGUUGUUAGCAUGUUAGCGGAACCGAAUGAUGAAAGCGGAGCAAAUGUAGAUGCUGCGAAAAUGUGGAGGGAAGAUCGGAAUGAGUUUAACAGAAUAGCAGAAAAAAUUGUUAGAAAAACGCUAGGCUUAUCGUGAUUAGAACUUUGUUGUGGCUUACAAAAAAAAAUGCUGAUAGUCGCUGCUGGAAUGUCACUUUCAAAAUUUACAGUAUAUGGAUUGUUAGGAAAUAUGGCUGUGAGGUAAGGCGUGUGAGACAUAAAUCUAAUUCAGCACUUUACAUUUUAAAAAGGUAAGGUUUUAUGAACUUCAACUCAGUAAGUAGUCUUCAAGAAAAUAAAAGGUUUCAAUGAGCCAA